CCCUUAAGCCGGGUUGACGUCGUUUCGCUUCUGCCUUGUAUGUGAUUCAUGUUUUGUUAGCUCAUCUUGCUAGCAGAUGUCGACUGGUUUGCCUCAUGUUCAGAUGAAUAUAUGUGCAUAACACGGUUCACACGCCACUCCUAGUACGAGGGGAGGAUGGCACAUCGACACACCCCACCUGAAAUGUCCCAGAGGACAGAGUGCCUGGAAGCGGAUAAUGAUUCCGACAGGGACUCUGGUGUUGGAGAUGAUGCGGGAGAGGAUGCAUACAGUUGCCAUGGAAGCACAGUAUCAGAAGAGGAGCAAGACAACAAGCAAGAUGGCUUGGAAGAAAACAGCGGGGAGGGAGACGAUUUUACAGUUUUCGUUGCCUUUCAAGGGAAUAUGGAGGAUGAGGAUUUUACACAAAAGCUUGAAACUGUCCUCAGUGGGAUCCCUAACAUGCUUGACAUGGGCUCUGACAGGCUGAAACCACAGCAUGUGGAGCCGUGGAACAGUGUGCGGGUUACUUUCAACAUUCCUCGGGAUGCUGCUGAGCGACUUAGACUUUUGGCCCAGAACAACCAGCAGCAGCUCAGAGACUUGGGAAUCCUCUCAGUCCAGAUAGAAGGGGAAGGGGCCAUCAAUGUGGCUAUGGGACCAAAUAGAGGACAAGAAGUGAGAGUGAAUGGACCAAUUGGAGCGCCUGGCCAGAUAAGAAUGGAUGUCGCCUUUCCGGGUCAGCCUGGCCCAGGAGUAGUCAGGAUGGCUAAUCCACAGAUGGUUCCCCCGGGUCCUGGCAUGGCAGGUCAGGCCAUGGUACCUGGCAGCAGUGGACAGAUGCACCCUCGUGUUGCAAGACCAUCUUCACAGACAGAUGUAAUGGACCCAAUGAUGCCUGGUAUGCCAGUUCAGCAGCAACAGCAGCUUCAGCACCAACAAGCUGGUCCCCAUGGCCCAGGCCCCAUGCCUCCUCAGGCUGCCCAUCACAUGCAGACUCUGCAGGUAGGAAGACCACUUAACCCUGCUGCACUGCAACAGCUACAACAACAGCAUCACCAACAGCAACAGGCCCAGCAGCAAGCUCAGCUCUCCCAGCUUGGACCUAGACCUCCAUUCAACCCAUCAGGCCAGAUGGCUGUACCUCCUGGCUGGAACCAGUUGUCUGCUGGGGUUCUCCAGCCACAAGGCACCCAAGGGCCAGGUCCUGCCUGGAGAAAGCCCCCACCCCAAGGACAAAUGGUACAACGGCCACCUUCCCUUGCUACAGUUCAGACUCCCAGCCACCCUCCACCCCCUUAUCCAUUUGGCAGCCAACAAGCUGGGCAGGUAUUCAAUGCCAUGGGACAGGGUCAAUUACAGCAACAACAGCAGCCAGGAAUGGGUCAGUUUGCAGCCCCUCAGCCUAAAGGCCUACAGGUUGGCCCUGGUGGUGUCGUAGGACCGCCUAGACCCCCUCCUCCCCUUCCGCCAGCUUCUGGACAACAGGGCAACCUCACCGCCAAGUCCCCUGGUUCCUCCUCUUCUCCAUUUCAACAGGGUUCACCUGGGACUCCUCCCAUGAUGGUUCAGAGACCUACAACUCCACAGGGUUUUCCUCAGGGUAUUGGUUCACCAGGAAGAGCAGCCCUUGGCCAACAGGGUAACAUGCAACAAGGAUUUAUGGGAAUGCCCCAGCAUGGUCAGCCUGGGGCCCAAGUUCACCCAGGCAUGCCAAAGCGUCCCAUGGGCUUUCCAGCCCCUAACUUUGUCCAAGGUCAGGUGAGUGUCAGCACUCCAGGAACGCCUGGUGGAGGAGCCCCGCAGCAGCUACAGAGCAGCCAAGCCAUGACUCACACAGGAGCUCAGCCUUCGGCCUCCACCCCAAACUCAAUGCAGGGUCCAGUCCAUGUCCAACCCAAUGUCAUGGGUGUGCAAAGUAGUAUGGCAGGUCCACCCCCUGGUACAACCACUGGGCCUAGUAUGGGCCAGCAACAGCCUGGCCUCCAGACCCAGAUGAUGGGCCUCCAGCAUCAGGCCCAGCCCGUGUCCUCCUCCCCCAGCCAGAUGGUUCAAGGCCAGGGUGGAGGUCAGACUGUCCUCUCAAGGCCCAUCAAUCAAGGGCAGAGGGGAGGAAUGACCCCACCCAAGCAGAUGAUGCCUCAACAAGGCCAGGGGGUGAUGCAUGGGCAGGGUCAGAUGGUUGGAGGCCAAGGGCACCAGGCCAUGCUCCUGCAGCAACAGCAGCAACAAAACUCAAUGAUGGAACAAAUGGUUGCCAACCAGAUGCAAGGCAACAAGCAGGCAUUUGGAGGCAAGAUGCCACCUGGGGUCAUGCCUGGCCAGAUGAUGCGUGGCCCUUCCCCAAAUGUUCCAGGUAACAUGGUUCAGUUCCAGGGCCAGGUUGGCCCUCAGCAGAUGACUCCACAACAGCAGCAGCAAAUGGCUCAACUCCAACAACAGCAGUUACAACAACAGCAACAGCAUCAGUUGCAACAGCUUCAGCAGCAGCAACAACAACACCAGCAAAUGAACCAGCAACAGCCCCAACAGGUCCCUAUUCCUGGAAAUCCUAAUCAAGCUAUGGGCAUGCAUGGGCAACAGAUGAGGCUUCCUGCUGGUCACCCUCUUAUCCAACAACAGUUGCAACAGCAGCAGUUACAGCAGCAGCAGAAACAGCAGCAGCAGGUGUUGCUGCAACAACAACAACAACAACAACAACAGCAGCAGCAGCAACAACAACAACAACAACAACAGCAGCAACAACAGCAGGCAGUUCAACAACAUCCACAUCCUCUGGGAGAUCCAAAUAGUGGUACAGGGGACUUAGGGGUCCAACAGAUGGGUCCUGAUAUGCAGGCACAGCAGCAACAAGGCAUGAUGGGGGGUCCUCAGCACAUGCAGAUGGGAAAUGGCCACUUUGCAGGUCAUGGCAUGAACUUUAACCCCCAGUUUCCAGGCCAGAUACCAAUGGGAGCAGCCUGCGGUCAGCCAGGUGGGUUUCCUGUGAGUAAGGAUGUUACAUUGACCAGCCCACUGCUGGUCAACCUACUGCAGAGUGAUAUCUCUGCCAGCCAGUUUGGACCAGGAGGCAAACAAGGAGCAGGAGGAGGUAAUCAAGCCAAACCCAAGAAAAAGAAACCUGCACGAAAGAAGAAGCCCAAAGAGGGAGAGGGACAACAGCAAGUAGAGGGAAUUGGUGGUCUUGAUGUGAAUGCUGGCAUUGAGGAUUCAGAAUUGCAAAAUCUGGGUGGAGAACAGAAUUUGGGCUUAGACAACUCUGGCCCAAAACUCCCUGAUUUUGCCAACAGGCCUGCUGGCUUUCCUGGCCAACCUGGAGAACAGAGAGUAUUGCAGCAGGUACCCAUGCAGUUUAUGCAACAACAACAACAACAACAACAGCAGCAGCAGCAGCAACAACAACAGCAACAACAACAACAAAUUCAGCACAUGCAACAGCAGCAGAUACAGCAACAGCAAAUGCAGCAGCAGCAGCAACAAAUGCAACAACAAAUGCAACAACAACAAUUACAGCAGCAGCAGAUGCAGCAACAGCAGCAGAUGCAACAGAUGCAGAUGCAGGGUCUCCAGAAUCCUCAAGGGCAGCAGGGGAUGACUGGGCCGCAGAAUUCAGGUCAAGGCCAGCCCCAGAUACAUCCUCAUCAGCUGCAGCAACAGCAGCAGCAGCAGCAGCAAACACAACAGCCACACCUUCAACAGCAGCAACAACAGCAGAUGAUGCUGAUGCUGAAGAUGCAGCAGGAGCAGGCAAAAAAUCGAAUGUCCCUCCCUCCAGGAGGCCAGCUCCCUCCGCGGGGCAUGGGCAAUCCUGAGGUGCAAAGGCUUCCUGUCUCACAGCAAGGUAACAUGCCUGUAAUGAUCAGUCUUCAAGGACAUGGAGGGGUACCACAGUCACCCGACAAAGCAAGAGGGAUGCCCCUAAUGGUAAACCCACAGCUUGCAGGUACUGCACGAAGAAUGUCUCAUCCUGACGUAGGGCAAGGUACCCAAGGCACUGGAUCUGAAGAGGUCUCUGCAGGGGCUCAUCCUAAGCAGGACAGGCCUGGUGGCCCAGAGAUGGGGGUGCAGCCUGGAAAUGGGACACAACAGAUGAUGGCUAACCAGGGCUCCAACACUCACAUGAUGAAGCAAGGCCCCGGUCCAUCACCAAUGCCUCCACAUACUGGAGCUAGUCCCCAACAACAGUUACCCACUCAGCCUCAACAAGGAGGGCCCAUGCCUGGACUUCAUUUCCCUAAUGUCCCCACAACUUCACAAAGCUCCAGGCCUAAAACCCCCAACAGAGCUAGCCCAAGGCCAUACCACCAUCCCCUUACUCCAACUAAUCGACCACCCAGUACUGAACCCUCUGAAAUAAACCUUUCACCUGAGAGGCUCAAUGCCUCAAUUGCAGGGCUUUUCCCUCCCAAAAUCAACAUUCCUUUACCGCCCAGACAGCCAAACCUAAACAGAGGAUUUGAUCAGCAAGGUCUUAACCCGACAACCCUGAAAGCCAUUGGUCAGGCCCCUCCUAGCUUAACUCUAUCAGGCAACAACAGUAAUGGCAGUACGAGUGGCAAUAACAGCAACAACAAUCAACAGCCUUUCUCUACUGGCACUGGAGCAGUGGGUGCAGGUACUAAACAGGACAAGCAGCCUGGAGGGCAGGGUAAGAGGGCAAGUCCUAGCAAUAGUCGGCGAUCAAGUCCAGCUUCUAGCCGCAAGUCUGCUACCCCAAGUCCAGGAAGACAAAAGGGGAAAAAUAUGACCAUCACAUGCCCUCCCCACCAGCAGCAGUUGGUCAGCCCUCAGGGGCAAACCAUGAUGCUAAGCCCUACCUCAGUACCCCCUUGUCCAGUAUCUUUGCCUUCACAAGUAAGUGGGGCUAUGGAGGCACAACAGACUCAGAGCCCUUUCCAUGGGAUUCAUGGUAACCCUUCUGAGGGAGUUAGAGAAAGCCAGGGAAUGAUUACAGCAGAGCAGAGAAAGGUGCCUCAACCUCAACCCCAGCCACAGCCUUUGAGAGAGUUGUCAGCCCCCAAAAUGGCAAGUCCUCGUUUUUCUGUGCCCCAGCAGCCGAAACCUGACAUGGAACUGCAAACCAGCACAGUUGAUAGGCAAACACACACAGCACCUAUUCAGGAUUCUGAGGUCUCUCCUGCUCUCAGGGCAGCUCCGACCUCCCUCAACCAGUUACUAGAUAACACAGGUAUGCCAAACAUGCCUCUUCGCCCUGUACAGAAUAAUACUGUUAGGGACGUCAUAGCAAAGGAAAGUCCCAAGUCUGCUUUGGAUCCAGACAGACCACUCCACAGUAACUCUCAGAGUACAGAUGCGUCAGCCGCUGUUCCUACAACUAAAAAUGAAUCAGAAGCCAUACCCGGACCUGCUGUUCCAAUCCCUACCAGUAGUCCUAGCUUGCAGCCUGCUUCAAUUCCCAGCUCACACCCUAGCACUAUUGUGAACUCAAAUACUACCCCCACCCUUCAUCAAAACCCAAUCCUUAGUCAUGGGGUCAAUCCCAGUCCGAAUGUAAACCCAACAGCUACUCUUUGCAACACCCUCAGUACUAACACUAAUAUUACCCCUAUUGUAAGCCCCAACCCAGUCACUUCAGGCCAGAGCAAUUCUGCCUCAGCUGUUAAUACUAGUUCUAUCGCCAGCCCUGCUCUAAACCCAGCCAAUUCGGCUCUAAAACCAAUCCCUAAUCCUAAACCUGUAACAAAUGUUCACUCAGUCAUUCAGAUUCCUGCCUCUUCCAGCACCAUUUCCCCCAACCAGAUCACUGUGUUUGUCACCUCUAACCCCAUCACCUCUGCCUCCACUCCUCAGGCCCCCACGUCUAUGGUGUCUACUAUGGUUGCUGUCCCUAACAAGAAUAUUAGACCUCAGGACAUCCGGCAGCAGACCCCUAUCCCUCGACCUCCUCAGUUCAUCACCACCACCCCUGUAUUUAUUAACCCAAUUUUUCAGGUCCCAGGUGCGUCUGUGGCUCCCAAUAACACAGUGGUAUCAAAGUCAGUGACCAUGGUGGGGCCUAUCCAAGUGUCCACUACAAAUAUCCAACUUUCUCCUGCCCCAAGCUCCACUCAGUCCUCAGUGGCUAACAUGACCAGUACUCAGCUUACCAGAAGUACUGUAGGACAGGUCCAAAUUGCCAAUUGUAUGCCCUCGUCUGCUCAAGUUGGUACUCUCACAGCACCUCAACAAAUUAACCCUGGUGCUCUUAAAAUAGAAAAUGUAUGUGAGACAGGCUCUGCUCAGAAAUCUAGUCCCCCAGUCCAGCAGUCAUCUCCACAUCCAACCUCAUCAGCAUCAUCUCCCUUUCAGCCCCCGCUGGCAUCUCCACCUCCCUGCUCUAGUCCUGGGGUACUGAACGCCAUUCGAAAAAGCCCCAUGCCUCCAUCUCCCACUGCCCAAGUCAAAAGUAAACCUGGACAGGCUGCUGCAGCUGUUUCUGGUGCAGCUGACUCACAGCAGAAUCCUAUAGAAAGGCCUGGGCAGGGGCCCACUGUGGCUGUGCCACCACCGGUCUGUCAUCCAACUGCUAGUCCUGCCAUUCAGAUUGAAACACCAACUUCCCAUCCUAUCCCUGCUGCUCCAAACAGCAUUACACCACCUGCACUAUCCUCUCCAAUCCCAGCUUCUGGCCAAGUUGCUGUUCCUACUCAGAUUGUUACCCAGGCCCCAGUUCCUGCACCAGCUCCAGUGCCAGGCCCAGCGCAAAGUGUAACUUCUCAAGCUCCUGUCGUCACUGUAGUUUGUUCGACCCCAGACACUGCUUCUGCUACCUUGCUUUCUACGGUUGCUCCUGUGGAAACUCCCAUACCGUCCAUUGUUCCAAUUGUUGCUGCACCUGGGCCUGUUCAGGAGGUUACCCCCACCACAAUCUCUCCAGCUGCUAACCCCAGUGCAGUUACACCAGUUCAGUCUGACCCCCCAGCCAUGGAGCCUCCCAUACCACCAAUGGCAACACCUCAUGAAACCACUCAGACCACCCCAGCACCUGUUCAACAAGAUGUCCCACAGUCUCAGGAACCUGCUGCCAGUGAGAAGACGAGUGAAGAGGUCUCAACAGGUUCUGAGCAAGGAUGGGCAAAGAAAAGAAAGACGCCCAUCAACUUAGUCCCAAGAGCUGCUGUGGAGAAACCCAAGGGACCGAGCAGACGCAGCUCCCGGGCAGAGAAGGAGGUGGAGGAGGAGCCAGUGGCAGACAGUGGCAUUCGGAAGCGAUCGGCCAGGCCUGGUACAAGUGCUGCGGUAAAAGAAACUGGAGCGAGCCCCACCCAAGCCAAACGAAGGAAGUCUAAAUAGGCACAACUGCAGUUGUGUACUGUACUGUACUGUACUGUAAAUGUUUUUGUUUUUGGCUGUGAAUCAUUUGAUAUCGGUUUCUCUGUCCCAGAUUUUGAAUUGUCAUUGGAGAAAGAAACCAUGUACAGAGUGUUUUAAAAAGAUGCUAUCGUUUUGUCCAUGCUAUUAUUUGAGAUUGUAGUUAGAAUGUGUGCAUACAUUAUGUGUUUUGUGUGAAUGUGCUUUUUAUAUUAAAUGCUGGAUUAAUCCUGUGAAGACUGAUCAUGGAGCUUGUUAUGAUUGUAUAAUUAUGCUGUAAAACUGAAUUAAAUUUUCUACUGCUUUUGUUCUGUGAAA